GCGUCAUUCUACUGUGUGUUUAUGAAUGAGAGUACCGCGGUGAUUCCGGGAAAAGGCGGGUCGCUUUACUCGCCUUUAAAUUUACUCAGUUGUGGUAGUUUAAGUUUCCUAGGUCUGACUUUGAAGUACAUCGACGAAUAUCUGUUAUUUGACUACGUCGGAGGAGGAAAAAAUCUAAUACGCAACAGGCAUUAGAAAACACAACCAUGACAUCAGAUGGCAGAGCCAGCAAAGCCCUCAAGGUGAAGAGGGAAUGUGGAGAAAAUGUUCCCGUGCUGACAGACAGUGAGCUCAUGUCUCUGUCGGUACGUGAGCUGAACCUGCUCUUGCGUGGUUUGUCGAGAGAGGAGAUCCAGAAGCUGAAGCAGAGGCGACGCACGCUGAAGAACCGUGGCUAUGCUGCCAGCUGCAGGGUGAAGCGUGUGUCUCAGCGCGAGGCUCUGGAGCAGCAGAAGAAGGAGCUGCAACGUGAGGUGGAGCGGCUGGGUGCUGAGAAUGCAGGCAUGCGACGUGAGUUGGAGGGGCUGGGAGCUCGGCUGGCUGCUCUGCAGCGUUUCGCUCGAGGCCUGGAGGCUGGAGGAGGAACCCUUCUGGCUACAGCUCCUCGCCUUAACACGGCAUCUGUCAUCACCAUUGUGAAGAGCCCACAGCAGAGCCACGCCCACAGAGGGCAAGAAGCAUCUUAGGGCUAGCUGUUAUGGGCAACAGGUGCACAUGCAGGUACACUCUUAAAAAUAAAGUUGCCAAAAAGGUUUCUGUGGAGCAGUGCGUAGAAGACUUGAAGACUUGACUCCUCAAGAACCUUUCAGUGGAUGGUUCUUUAAAGAACUGUCUUUGUAUUACAAAAUGUAAGUGUGAAGAAACUUUCACUUAACGCAUAUGAUCAAUACCAAUGAAAGUUGUUUUUUUUUUUUUUCCUUUUCUUCUCCCUAUAGAAACGUAUAUCCAAGCCAAAAACCAUUUCUAAACCUUUAUUUUUAAGAGUGUAUAGAGGUACAUGACCUAUACCAGACACAAUAACUGGAUUCUUUAAGCUGAACUGAAUAACUGGCUGACUGGCAAGCAUUUUAGAUAAGAAACAUUUUAAUAGCUGUUUCAGUGAAACUGGUGAUGAAGGUAUGUUUUAGAUUGGUUAGAGUCAUUGUCUUACACUGUUCCAUGUAUAUAAGUCCAACAAUACACACCACCAUUACAUUUUUUUGACAUAUAAACAAGUCAUAAAAAUUCUAGACUGGUCUUUGUACCAUUCUCCCUCUGCCUAGUUAUUCGGGCAUUAGAUUAUUUUUAUCUUGGUCUAAUGUUUGGAAUGUUUAUUAUUUCUCUAUGAUUUGACUUUUUCCUCUUGUUUCUAUGGUUGGCUUAUUACAUUGAAUUUAACCAGUAGAAACAAGAGUAUUGUUGGUCAGUUUACAUGAUAUUUAGCUUGAUUAUAUUAUUAUCAUCAUACAUGUUACUUUUUGACCUUACAUGGAAGAUAUAGUCAUAACUGUACAUGUCUUUACAGAAGUAAUGACUGAGCUUGACUUUAUAUCUCUGACUACCAACGUUUUGUAAGUUGGCAAAUAGUGCUGGAAUAUAUUGUUAAUUAUAAUUAGUCAUGGAACAGACCAGUAGAAUGCCAUGUCAAUGCAAGCUGAUACAUUCCUAUGUAAUUAUUUUUAAUACUUAAACAAAAUUCUGCAGAAUUAAAUUUUUAUCUAUAUUUUAAGAUGAAGACAUUUUAAAGCUAAAGAGUGCUGUGAUUUUAAGUCAAAAUACUGCUUAUGUAUGACUUAGCUUAGGGACAUUGUCAUGUCAGAAUUAUUCUAAUGCGUGUGAUUUAAUGCAAGGUUUACUAUGUUCAUGAGGAAUUUAACUAUGUUUAUGUAUGUAAAACCCAUUUACUGUAACAUGAUUCAGUGGGUCUGUGUGAAGGUCAUAUUUGUGUUGUUACAGUAUAGUAUAGUAGACUUCCAGUAGUGGUAUUUUUGUAUU